GAACCAGUUUAGUCUUAGACCUCUUUUUGUAUUUUUAUCCAAAUUUUCCUAAAACAUAAAGCAAUUAGGACUCUAUUGCACCAACCAACUGCACGAGAAAACAACAAGAAGCCAGUACACGCUAUUUUUACCCCGUAUCUAAUGAAAUACUGAUGACAUUUCACAUUGAAUCUGUCUUGGGAAACACAAUAGCUCGUGGCUGAGAUAAUGACAGGUUCAACAUGUCAUUCUGUGUUUUAUGUCAAGUAGCCUAACCUACCAAGAUACUGACGCAGAACCCCUGGGAGGGGGCAUUAAACUUUCAGUGUACCACCCCAUACGAGUCAUCCAGACAUUGGCACGACAGUUUCUCUCUAUAGCGCACGAAAUUAUCGCGUCAUUUUCUUUCACUUUCUAAGUGGUCGUCGUCACGGAGUAUAUAAAUGAAGUGAUUAUCCAUAUGCAGCAUUACACGGGCCUCUACUAGCAAUAAGUGCACGAGCAAUUACAGGAGUACUGAUCAAAGAAGCUGAAGGCACUCGACUCGAGUCUUACAUGAGCGUUAUGUGCCUCGUCUGGAGAUACAGAUUAGUCGCUUCCAUCGUUCUGCUUGCAGUGCUCUGUGAUGUUUAUGCGUCAGACGCACAACCAAUUGGAAAAGUUUAUCCGCGCGGAAAUCACUGGGCUGUUGGCCACUUAAUGGGCAAGAAAAGCACAGAUGAGCAGGUCAGACCUGAGGAUCCAGAAGGCGGCGUUGAGACCUCUAUGACGACUGGAGAUCAGGAUCAACAGCUGGAAAGAUACAACAAACAUCUGCUGCUGCCACUCCUGCAUGUGCUCAUGAGAGGACGGAUGGCACCGGAGCUGAAGGGCACAGAGGAGAUCGAUGCUCAAAAACUGCUCCAGCACAUGCUGGAAGAGAGACUUCAGAGAGAGGAAGGUCAUGAGAGAGACAGACAAGUCAAAUUGGCUGAGGACUUCUUGUUACGGGCUUUAUUAAUGCAGGAUGACAAUGAAAGCUGAGGACCAACUGGACAAAAGACUAUGGUUUGAAGUUCACUUGACAACUGGCUUGAUCGAAUACAAACCUCUUUAUUCAACAACAUAUAAAUAAGCAUGUUAUAUUUUUGUAUACAAAGAAACACACAUAAACUGAGUGUCAUCAUUCUGUAUAUUUUAUGGUAUUGAUUUAUAAAGGAAUUCAUUUUCUUGAUAACUGACACCAUAGUAACCAUUGUAUUCACAGUUUAAUUGAUUAAUAUUUAAUAAACUUUAACUUGUUGGGCUAUCUGCGGUUUAUAAAAACAACAGUCUGCUCGCUUGCAUAUCAUUUGAAAUGUCUUGACUAGAAAAAAACUAUUAAAGGAAAAGUUCACCCAAAAAUGAACAUCUGCAGAAAAUUUACUCACUCUCGUGUCAUGCAAGAAACAAGUUGGUUUCUUCAUCAGAACAGUUUUGGAGAUAUUUAGCAUUGCACCACUUGCUCACCAAUGGAUCCCCUGCAGUGAAUGGGUGCCGUCAGAAUGAGAGUCCAAACAGCUGAUAAAAACAUCACAAUAAUCCAAUAAGUAAUAAGUAAACAAUAAGUAACCAAUAUGUUUUGUGAAGCGAAAAGCUGUGUGUUUAUAAGAAACAGAUUUUCAUUUUUGGGUGAACUAUUCAUUUAACAUUAACAUGAAUUCCUAACAGUCCACACAUUACACCUAAACAGAGAAUGUGCUGAGCUGAAUGCAUUAGUACAUGUAGUUUGAGAGUUAAAAGGCCCUGUCUCAUUCUGAAAGCAAUUUGUUAUGGGCUAUGAUCGAUCUCUUGAGGUGGCUGGCCAUAACCUGCUUAUUAGUCAAGCAGUCACUUAACAACGGCAGGCAGGUGACAGGGAAACUCUUCAGCGGACACUAAUGAUUGUCUGAAUAGCUAAAUCACAACCUCUGCAUUGUCUGUGACAACUGGCAGGAAAUUGUUGAUGGUCUAAUUGUCUCGCCGCUCUCAGCUGUCUGUGCACAAUAAUGGCUCCAAUUAUACACACUGAUGUUUCUAACAAUGAAAGAUGUCAGCUGAAGCCACUUUCAUUUGUUUAAGCUCAUCUACUGUAGUUCCUAUCUUAUGUUUGCUUUCCUCUUUGGUCACAGAUGAAUAACCAUUAAUAGAAAUGUGACCCCCUUCAGUCUCAAUCUGAUUGCAUCACUGAUAAGGUUGCUGCACAAAUGGCUAACAUCAGAUUUGUUGAUAGUCAUGUGUUCAUGAAGAUGUGAGCUGAUGGGUUUGGUACAGGUCUGCAGGUCCCAACUGCUAAUGCAAACAACUGUAUGAAAGAAUUUGUGAAAUUUAGGUAAUCUGAUGAUAUUUAAUCUCCUGAGGGAUUUUAAAACAAAUCUGUUUAAUUUUGAUGGUUUACAUGUCUUACUUUACAUUGUGUGUAUAAAAAUAGGCUAAUUAUCUUUAUAAAGGUAUAUCAAAAGUGUUUAUAAUAUCAGUCUUAUUUAUUUAUUUAUACAAAGUAUAAAUGAAAAAGUAAAA